GCCGUCGUCUGCCACAAUCAGCUGAUUCUGUUUACAAGUGUAACGCGCCAUGUGGAGGAGACCAUUGCUUUCUUCAUUGGUGACAUGAAGAAACGAAAGAGAGAAAUUUUACGCUUUUUAGAAUAGCUUUUAAAGCAUGGUGGGCGGCGGGUGCCGGAGCCUGGAGGCGGCCGCACUGCAUGCAUGGCUGCGGGCGCUGGAGGCGGCGGCGAAGCGCGGCGAGGGCGUGCGGGCCCCCCUGGAGGCGCCCCCGGCCCUCCUGGCGGCGGCGCUGAACCAGGGCGCGGCGGGGCUGCGGGAGACCGUAGUUGCCCGCCUUGCGGUGGCCGCAGUGACGGCGGGGGUCAGCCGCCUGGAGGUCCACCUCGAACAUCCCACGCUCAUCGAGGCCUUGAUGGAGGCCCUGCACGCCCACCCCGCCCACAUCACCUCCCUCUCCCUCACGCUGGGGCCUCGCACUUCCUUGGGCGGUCUCCUGAGCCAGGCUCUUCGGGGCAUGAGUGCCCUCACGGCCCUCACCCUCACCCGCCGCACCGACGAAGACAUGAUGGCGCUGGCGCAGGCGGCGCCGCCCCUCCGCACCCUCGACGUGGCCUACUGCGCCUCCGUCACGGAUAAGGGCGUACGUGCGCUGCUGGGCGUAGCGGACAACAGCUACACCAUGAAGGAGGUCCUGACGGGACGGAUCGAGCGCGGCGGCGACGCCCCCGCCACCAGCCUCACCACCGUGAACCUCUGGGGCACGGAGGUGACCACCCGCGGCUGCGUCCUCCUGCUGGCGGCGUGUCCGUCCCUCGCCUCCCUCACUUGCCGCUGGACGGGCGAGGCGCUCGACCUCAUGAUGCGGGGCGGCCGGGAAGCCAGCCUUGCCCUGAGUCAGCUGCUGCUGGCGGAGGCGGCCUUCCCGCCGCUGGAGGAGGUGACAAGGGUGUGCCCUCAGCUCGCGUCCCUGGUGGCGAGGCGGCCGCCAGACCCCGUCAGCGUGAAGAGCAUGAUCAGCUCGAUCCCGUCGCUGACCGCCGUCACGCUCCUGCAGUUCAUGCCCGAGGCGGAGCAGUGGCUGUCCAGCGCGCCCGCGCCCGCCCUCACGUACCUCCACCUGUCGCUCCUCGACGCCCGCCAGGUGGACCUCGCGGGCCUCGCCGACACGUGUCCCGCCCUCACGCAUCUCAUUCUCGAGGGCGUCACGCUCACUCUGCCCCGCCCGCGCCCCUCCGCUCCGCUGUCAAAGCUGACAACCCUAAGGCUCGUGACACCGCCCACGCAGACACACGUCAUCGACCCCGAGGUGGCCGUGUGGGCCAUGGUGUGGGCGAGGAACGCCGUGAGUGUGGACCUGGGAUCCUGCAGACACUUCACUGACCAGCACCUAUCACAGGCCCUGGAUCAGGGGGCGCUCUCCCAGGUGGAGGACCUGCGCCUCUCGGGGGCUUGCCGGGUCACCGACGCCGGCAUCGACGAACUGAUGCGCUGCUGCCCGGACCUCCGCCGCCUCGCCCUCAAGAUGCUCCCCAAGGAACGCCUGGCCGAGCUCGAGGCUCUCAAGGUCAAGAUAAGGGAAGAAAACCUUGACCUUGAGCUCAUAACUUACGGCUGGAAGUUUUGAUUUUUUUUUCUAUAAGAUAAAAAUCAAGAAACAACAGAGGGACAGCACUUUGUGUGUGUGUAUGUGUGCGAGAGAGAGAGAGAGAAUGAGAGUGUGUGUGUUUGUGGUGUAUGCGAGAAUGCAUCAGCUGUUCAUACUUAGCACUUUCGGUGUCGUUUUAUAUUUCAGAGAUGUAUUUGCAUGAUGUAUUAGCUGAUAGAUGGAAAUUAGAUAAACACCCGAAACUUUCUGUGGCCUUCUAUGGAAACAUCACGUGGAUCUAAUCGUAUGGGUAAUGAUUAUUCAGAUUUAUAUCCUUCAAUUAGUGAACUCAUGUACCUCUUGGUUUCAUUAUAUGAUAUUUUCAAUUCUGAGUUUUAUUCCAGUUUGAUGUGUGUUGCAUUUGAUUUCUUAAUCAUUAUGAUAACUAGGAUAUAUGUUAUCGUUGGUAUCGUGAGUAUUACUAGUCAUUAUUAAUACUAUUAUCUUUAUGACCGUUAUAACUUUGAUUCUAGAAUGUCUUGUAUAUUGGCAUUUCUUAGUACGAAUCAUUUUUCUUAAUUAUUAUUUUGAUAGUUUUUACUCACAUUAUUACAACUGUUAUGAUUCUGAUUACUGUUUGAUUUUCGUCACUGUUGUUUUUUUCACAUCACGAUUAUCAUCAGAAUUAUUGUUGGUGUUGCAAUUGGUAUAAAAUUGAUUGUUCUUAUGAUGGUUAGUGGUACUGCUAGUGUUGUAAUUUUCACUAUUGUUAUUUUUAUUGAUAUUAAUAUUGUUACCAUUGCCAUUAUUUUUAUUUUGUUCUUACUAGUAUCAUCAGUGUAAUGAAAAUUAAACAUAGUAUUUUUGAACAUUAGUGAAGGUUGUAUUUUUUUAAAUAUCAAUGAUGUCAUUUAUUGUUGUCGGCAUUAUGAUAUUAAUGAUAAUACUGAUACUAUCAUUAUUUCCAUGUCAUUUAUCAUUGAUAUCGCUAUAUACUGAAAGAAGAGUAAUAUUGUUGUUCUUAAUUGUAUCAUUAUAUCAUUAAUAUUAUUAUUUACUGUUGUUACUGUGAUCAUUAUUCUUUUCAUUAUUGUUAUUAUCUUUGAUAUAUUCUAAUAAUUCUCUCGCAUUUCGUGUCCCUUUAUCAAAGCGAGACACCUUAGACAUAUAAAAGUGUAGUUUAAUCCCAGAUGGUAUUUUUGCUAUUUCGACAUGCGUGCCAUAAUAUCGCAAAAUUAUGAACCAUCGCUUAGGAGGUGCUGAAGCGGUGAUGGGCAGUGUAACAUUUAUGUGACUGCAACUUCUGGUUAGUUUAGACAGUAAGCACAUUGUGUAUAGAUACUAAGUGUGUGUGUAUAAAUGCGUAGACACACACACGCAAACGCACACACACACACACACACACACACACACACACACACACACACACACACACACACACACACACACACACACACACACACACACACACACGCAUACACACACACACACACUGAUAUUCUCCUAUGUGUUCUGAACUUGUGCAAGUUUUUGAAACGUGAUUCUUUCUCAUACGCUAAGGAAGUGUUAACUAUUUGACGCACAACUAUCUUUGCUGUGAUUCAGUCUUCAUAUACUUCGCAAUAGGGAAGUUACGUUAAACAUCUUUUUAUGUAGGUACUUUUACGAAAAAAAAGUCGAUCAGUUCUCUGCUCAUAGUUUUUUGUACUAGUUGGUGGUAGCAACAACCAAAAGGUCUCUCAACCUUCCUGUGUUUACAAAAUCGAAUCCCAAGGUAUGUUACCAGCCAAUCGACCUUAACCAAAGCAAUGUCAGAUUAGUUCUCGUUUUUUAAAUGAUCUUAUUUAACACUGUAAUGGUGUGACUAAUUUCACCCCUCUAGGUUCUUCAAUAACACAAACUCAUAGGUUGUUUAUCGAAGCUCAAAUGUCCAAUAUUUACCUUUGGAUUCGACUAAGUUCUUCAGAGUGUUCAUUCAUAUCGUAAAGUGUCUUUUACCUUGGGUAUUGUCUUCAAUGUAUCUAUUUUUGGGUAUCACUCCAAAUGUCAUAUAUGAAAAUAUAUGGGAAACGAUAAA